AUGCUCACCGUGGCCGUCGAAGGGUGCUGUCACGGGCAGCUGAAUGCAAUAUAUAAGGCCCUACCGAAGCCAGUCGAUCUUCUGAUAAUCUGUGGAGAUUUUCAGAGCGUGCGGAACCGCGCAGACCUGGAGUGUCUUGCAGUUCCCCAGAAAUAUCGACAAAUGGGCGAUUUUCAGGAUUACUACACUGGCCGCCGACGCGCGCCUGUGAUGACCAUCUUCGUUGGGGGCAACCACGAGGCUUCAAACUAUCUUUCGGAACUGCGCUAUGGUGGCUUUGUCGCCCCAAACAUAUAUUAUCUGGGGCGUUACGGAGUCAUAUGGUACAAGGGUCUGCGAAUAGCAGGCAUAUCGGGGAUUUACAACGAGACGAACUUUUUCAAACCGCGCAGAGAAACACUUCCUUACGAUAGGUCUACGAUCAGGUCCGUGUACCACUAUAGAAAGACCGAGGUGACGGCGCUCCAGCUUUUAAAACCUUCGAACGAAACGAUCAUGGUGUCACAUGACUGGCCCGAAGGAAUAUAUGAGUACGGCAGAAAAGACCAGCUUUUGCGGUGCAAACCGUUUUUCAGAAGCGACAUGGAGAAACACCAGCUGGGGUCGCCUCCCUUGAUGAGUCUCCUACGCCAUUUGCGACCUAGUCACUGGUUCAGCGCACACCUGCACGUUAAAUUUGAAGCCACUGUUCCAUGGAAAAGCAGCCGGGAAGACGAGAAAAUAAACAAGGAGGAGAUCGACCUCGAGCUCAACGAUGCGUCCGAGGAAACGGAUGAUCUCCCUACAAGAUUCCUUGCGCUGGACAAAUGUUUACCGCGGCGCAAGUUCAUGGAGGUUUUCCGUCUUGCUCAGCUCAACGUGCCGUCGAAACUUGCGGGACUGGAUUUUUUCUAUGAUCCCGAAUACAUUAGCAUACUUAGAACAGUCGAGCUUUACCGGAAAGACAUAGAGUCAGCUGGAUUGGAUAUCCCGGAGGAGCUAAUCACUGCAUUGCAUAGAGAGCGUGAUCGCCAACGCAAACUUCUAGAGGAUCUUGAGACCCACAAAUACCGUGAACUGCUGCAGAUCAACAGCCAGUUCUCAGAGACCGCAGACGCCUCUGCAAAGGAGGUAAGAGAAUAUACUAAUCCCCAGACUGUGCAAUUUAUUGAAAAAUUCCUAGCACAGCCGUAG